UUUAUUACAAUGGAGAAAGAAGAAAAAGAUGCAAUUGAAGGACGUGGAAAUGGGUGAAGCGCGUUUCUGCUUCAAUGAUAAAUGUCUCUCAAGUUUGUGACUUGUAUUAUUUUUCCUUCCACGCCCCCACCCACUCAAGCAAGAAACAUUAACUACAUGCAAGCCAUAUAUGUACAAUUCCACUUCCACCGCACCAACAUCAGUUCUCCAGAUAUGGCAGCAUCUCCAUACUGUAAGAACAGUUAUGUACAUGCUUUUCUUCAUGCAACAUUAACACUCUUGCUUCUUGUAAUGCCUCUUGCAGCUGCUUCAUUAGCCUUCAACUAUCAGCAACUUGGUGACGCGGGAAACGCCACCCUCAGUAUUUCUGGAGAUGUCUAUCAUGAGCAAGAAGUCCUCCAACUCACCAGGUAUGAAACAUUUAGCUAUGGUAGAGUCAUAUAUCACAAACAAUUGCAUCUUUGGGACAAGAACUCAGGAAAGGUUGCAGACUUCACUACCCAUUUCUCUUUUACCAUAAACGCCCGAAAUAACACCAAUUAUGCUGAUGGCAUGACCUUCUUUCUGGCACACCCAAGCUUUCCAGAACUAGAUCCAAGAGAUGGAGUUGGUAUUGGUCUUUUGAGCCGCACUCAACUGCUGAAUCCAAAUUUCACAAAGGAAUAUCCAUUUGUAGCAGUGGAAUUUGAUACCUAUGUUAAUCCCGAGUGGGAUCCUAAAUAUCACCAUGUCGGUAUCCAAGUUAAUUCUUUUGUCACUUCUGUCUCUGACACUACACAAUGGUUCACUAGCAUGGAUCAGAGAGGAUAUGAUGCUGAUAUUAGUUACGAUUCUGCUUCAAACAGAUUAAGUGUCAGCUUCACUGGGUAUAAGGAUAACGUCAAAAUUAAGCAAAACUUAUCUUCUGUGGUCAAUCUGAAAGAUAAAUUACCUGAUUGGGUUGAAUUUGGCGUCACUGCAGCAACUGGAAUGUAUUAUGAGGAACAUACUCUUAGCUCAUGGUCCUUCAACUCUAGUUUUGUCUUCGACAAACAUAAGGGUGGGAGCAAAAAAGGCUUGGCAGUGGGGAUGGGAAUCGGUGGAUUUGUUUUGAUUGGUGGGACGGGUUUGAUUUCACUUGGCUUGUGGAAGAAGUGGAAGAAAGUAGAUGAAGAGGAAAAUCAUAUUGUUGAAGAGUAUAUGGGUGAGGAUUUUGAAAGGGGGGCAGGACCCAGAAAGUAUUCAUAUGCUGAAUUAGCACAUGCAGCUAAUGGUUUCAAAGAUGAGCACAAGCUAGGACAGGGUGGAUUUGGAGGUGUUUAUAAGGGUUAUCUUAAAGACAUAAAGUCUCAUGUGGCUAUUAAGAAGGUAUCAGAAGGCUCUGAUCAAGGGAUAAAGGAGUUUGCAUCAGAAGUGAUAAUUAUUAGCCGGUUAAGGCAUCGAAAUCUUGUGAACUUGAUUGGUUGGUGUCACGAAAGGAAAAAGCUCUUGCUUGUGUAUGAGUACAUGUCAAAUGGAAGCUUGGAUAUUCAUCUUUUCAAGAAGCAAAGCAUUUUGCAAUGGGCGGUGAGGUAUAACAUAGCUCGAGGAUUGGCCUCAGCAUUGCUAUAUUUGCACGAAGAAUGGGAACAAUGUGUAGUGCAUAGAGACAUAAAGCCCAGCAACAUUAUGCUGGAUUCAGAGUUUAACGCCAAACUUGGGGAUUUUGGUUUAGCAAGGUUUGUGGACCAUGCAAAAAGUGCACAAACUACAGCUUUAGCUGGGACUAUGGGCUACAUGGCUCCUGAAUGUACUUUGGGCUACAGGCCGGCUAGUAAGGAAUCAGAUGUCUACAGUUUUGGAGUUGUUGCUUUAGAGAUAGCUUGUGGAAGAAAACCCAUAAACCAUAGGGCUCAAGAAAAUGAAAUCAGUAUUGUGCAGUGGGUGUGGGGACUCUAUGGAGAAGGGAGAAUUCUUGAAGCAGCAGAUCAAAGACUAGAAGGGGAAUUUGAGGAGGAGCAAAUAAAAUGCUUGAUGAUUGUUGGUCUUUGGUGUGCUCACCCUGACCAUAACAAUAGGCCUUCAAUGAGGCAAGCGAUUCAAGUGCUUAACUUUGAAGCUCCCUUGCCUAAUCUUCCAUCAAGUUUGCCUGUUCCUACAUAUCUUGAAGGCCCCUUGCACUCAUACAUAGCACCAUUCAGCAUAACUGCUUCAGAGGAAGGUCAAAGCCAGAUCAUAAGCUUCAGUUCCAACACAAACUCCAUUGGGUUCACCACAAAAUCUGAUGAUGCUUCUCCCUCUGUGUCGCUUCUGUACUCACGGUGAAAUUGAUUCUAUCUGAAUGCUUCUUUCCUUCUUUCUUAUUCAUAUAUAGCUAAUGGAGGGAAGUGUAAUCUAUUUAGCAUUCAUGUUUCUUUAAAAAAGGGUUACUUAAUUUUUAAUUUUUGGGAUAUUUUGAUCUUAUUCAUAGUUUCGUACCCCUCCAUAACAGGGAUCUAGUUUAUAUUUGUACAGAUUUGGCGUUAAGUUGUAGUGAUAAUAACAUUUAUGAGUCUUUAAGAUA